UUUUCAACAGAUUUAUGAGGCAGAUACCAUCGUGUACAACGUUCACAGCCUUAUGCAGCUGCCUGAGGAUGUGCUUAGGCAUGGAUCUGUGGACUCUUUUUCAGCCUUUGCAUUUGAAAGUUAUUUAGAACGUCUUAAAUGGCAAGACGUUUCUCACGUCUUUGACUUUCCCAUAUCUUCCAAAGCAGUAGGAACUUGCAGUGCCAAGCUUUCAGAGCAUACCUUUGAGAUAACGAAGAAGGAAUAUCUUUUGAUUUAUAAAAAAGUUAAUAGUUCCGGAAUAAUUGUGAACACCACCGGCGGUUACAUUUAA